AUGGUUUGGGUGGUGCUUCUCAGCCUCCUCUGCUACCUCAUCCUCUUCCUGUGUCGCCAUUCAAGCAGCCGUGGACCCUUCCUGUCCAUCACUAUCCUCAUCUACCUCCUUCUGGGUUUGACUGAUCUGUUUUCAUAUUCUUUCCUCAGCAAGAAGCGAAAGAUUAGGGGCUCUGUUAAAAGGUGGCUACAGGCCUAUGAGAACACCCUGUCCUUCCAUUUCAGUAAUUACUUUGUGAGUUACCUUGGUGAGAUGAGCACCACACUGGCAGGUGCUGGGUUUACUGAGGAGAAGGACAAUCUUAAGUGGGACUUGACAAUAGCAAAGCCGCUAAAUGUAGAGUUUCCCAGGUCUAUGGUUGAAGUGGUCACUUCCUGGAACCUGCCCAUGUCCCGCUGGCUUAACACAUAUGUGUUUAGGAAGGCUCUCAUAUAUGGGAGCUUCACAGCCAUUAUCUUGACAUACACAGUGAGCGCCCUGCUACAUGGUCUAAGCUUCCACAUUGGGGCAGUAUUAUUUACACUAGGCUUCAUAACAUAUAUUGAACACGUGCUUAGGAAAAGAUUGUCAGUCAUUUUAAAUGCAUGUGUCCUCUCCAAGAGAUGCCCAUCUGACUGCAAACACAGACAUAAAAAGGAAUUGUGGGUAUAUUUAAUUAAUGGGGCCUUUAGCAUGUUAGCAGUACUACAUUUAACAUACCUGGGCUCAAUUUUUGGCUCCAGCACAGAUGACACGGAUUCUGAUGAGGACAGCAUGGCCAGCCACACCAUUGAGAAAUGGACACAGCUCAGCUGGACAAGCCAUUGGUUGACCUUUGGCCUUUGGGUCCUGUAUCGCCUUAUUCUUUGAACACUGAGACCUACAUAGACAAGGAGAGAUUGGGACAGAAUAGCAAUAACUGUGAUUGGAUAUUUUAUAUGGUUUUCCUGUAGAGGAAUCAUGACCGUUUAUGGCCUCACUGUGAUCUCUGGAUGAACAUGACUGCGGACCACAGUCCUCAAAUCCAGGAAAAACUGAUGUACAGGUAAUAUUGAUCCAUUC